AUGAUUAGGAAUGAUCAAUCUAUGAAUGUUUAUAAUCAAUUGUUUGAUCAGCGACCCCAACCCUCAAGCUCAAUAGUUUCAAGAACUGUCAUUUUACUUUUGAGGGUGUUGACUUUUGUGUUUCUUCUCAUUGCUCUCAUACUCAUUGUCUCAACAACGGCAAAUGAAGAUCCAGAUUAUGACGAAUUUGAAAUUAAGCUCAAAGACGUCCAUGCUUUUCGAUACAUGAUCUGGACAAUAGCAAUUGGGUUUAUGGUACUCUCAGUUUGUACUCUUGUAUCGGGAAAUCGUGUAUUAAAUGGUGAUGGAGGCUAUAAGUUUGAUUUUUAUGGUGAUAAGAUAAUAUCAUAUCUUUUACUUUCUGGUUCAGCUGCUGGAUUUGGUGCCUCAAAAGAUCUUGAUAGAUUCUACAAAGAAGAACUAGAACAUCCCUUAAACUCAUUCUUCAGACAGGCUAAUGCCUCAGCUAGUCUUCUUUUAUUUGGAUUCAUAGCCACAGCCAUGGCAGCAAUUUUCACCUCAUUUGCUUUACCAAAGAAAGCUAAAUAA